ACGAGUCACCUUCGGGUAAUGGGCGGCAUUCACCCUCCCUGUGAUUUCACUCAUGUCACUUCCUGCCGUCAGACAGCCAGUUCAGGCCAGUUCACUACCGCUGUAGUACUCAGUCUGUCCCACUGAGCUGUCAACACACAGCAGCGCUCCACUCUGCCCGUCUGCCGCGACAACAUUUUUCUACUAAACUUAGUCCGUUUUCCUCUUCAACGACGUUUUCCUUCAGAUAACAGCUACUCUCGUCUCACUAUGACUCGAAGGUGAUCUUCAGCGUGUCCAGGUGGUUCUGGGGUUCCAGGUUGGUGUGGUGAGAGAGCAAGCUAACUACGGGGAGGAGGACCGCCUGGGGCAUCGUGUCCCUGGCUCUCAAGUAACUAAGGAAGGGGCUUGGCUAACUGUUCUGCAGCAUGGAGAAGGAAGACCUGAAGGUCCUCAACAAAGGGGAAGAGGAGGAGAUGGAGCUGCAGGGCUACCGUCUAUGUCGUUGGCGGCUGGCCCUGGUGGGCCUCGGGGUGCUGUGUACAGGGGGCUUCCUCCUCCUGGUGCUCUACUGGAUGCCAGAGUGGUGCGUCAAAUCCACCUGCACCCGUACCACAGCCCGUGAUGCUAAAGUGGUGUUGCUGCGCUCCACGGACGAAUUCCGGCGCUGGUUUCUAGCCAGGGUGCGAGUGAUGCUGGCCCCGGGGAGGAACCCCUUCCACAGCCUGGAGACCCAGACCACCUCCCCCUGCUCCCCUUCCUCUCCUUCCUGCCCCUUCUCCUCCCCUGCCACCCCUGCUCUGGCCAACGGACACACCCCUCACCCCUCCGAUGGCAGCCCUGCUCAGGAGCUCAUCAGAAGAUUUGCCGACUACCAGCCCACACAGAUUCGGUAUUUUACCUUCCAUAGCACAAAGUAUUAUUGGAAUGACGAGGUGCAGAACUUUGAAGUUCUGAGCGGCCUGGAGGAUCUGCAGAUCAGCUGCUCCACCCUCCACUCGGAGCACAGUGCAGGCCUGACCAGGAACCAGCAGGAGUACAGGAGACUGUUCUUCGGAGUGAAUGAAAUUGCAGUGAAAGUGCCUUCUGUUUUCAAGCUGCUUAUCAAAGAGGUCCUCAACCCUUUCUACAUCUUCCAGCUCUUCAGUGUGAUCCUGUGGAGUGCCGAUGAGUAUUACUACUAUGCUGUGGCCAUUGUUUUCAUGUCGGUCAUAUCCAUAGCUACCUCUCUGUACACCAUCAAAAAGCAAUACGUCAUGCUUCACGAUAUGGUGGCAGCUCACAGUAUUGUCCGUGUGUCUGUAUGCCGAGCCAACAACGAUAUUGAAGAGAUCUUGUCUACUGAUCUGGUGCCAGGUGAUGUGAUGGUCAUCCCCAGCAAUGGGACCAUCAUGCCAUGUGACGCUGUGUUGGUCAGCGGCACCUGCAUCGUCAAUGAAAGCAUGCUCACAGGUGAGAGUGUUCCAGUGACAAAGACCAACCUCCCAAACCCAGUGGCAGGGGAGAGGGGGGAGGAGGCUGACAGUGCCUACAACACAGAGGACCAUAAGAGACACACGCUCUUCUGUGGCACCAACGUCAUCCAGACCCGCUUCUACACAGGCGAACUGGUCAAGGCUGUGGUGGUCCGCACAGGUUUUAGUACAGCCAAAGGCCAGCUGGUGCGCUCCAUCCUGUAUCCCAAACCCACCGACUUCAAGCUGUACCGUGAUGCCUACCUCUUCCUGUUGUGUCUGGUGGCUGUGGCAGGAAUCGGAUUUGUCUACUCCAUCAUCCUCAGCAUCAUGAACAAGGUGCCAGCUAAGACCAUCAUCAUUGAGUCCCUGGACAUCAUCACUAUCACUGUGCCACCGGCGCUGCCAGCUGCCAUGACAGCUGGCAUUGUGUACGCCCAGCGACGCCUCAAACACAUUGGCAUUUUCUGCAUCAGCCCACAGAGAAUCAAUAUCUGUGGGCAAAUCAAUCUGGUCUGCUUUGACAAGACUGGAACUCUGACAGAAGAUGGAUUAGACCUGUGGGGAGUCCAGAGAGUUGAGAAUGGCAGUUUCCACCUGUCAGAGGAAAAUGCCUACAAGGAGAAUCUUGUCAAGUCUCAGUUUGUGGCUUGCAUGGCCACCUGCCACUCUCUUACCAAAAUAGAUGGUCAGCUAUCUGGAGACCCACUAGACCUUAAAAUGUUUGAGGCUACAGGAUGGAUCCUGGAAGAGGCCACUGAGGAGGAAACAUCCCUCCACAACCGUAUUAUGCCCACAGUGGUUCGACCCCCAAAGCAGCUGUUGCCCUCAGAGCCUGCCGUAUCACAAGAACAGGACAUGGAACUCUAUGAGCUCUCGUCAGCGUAUGAGAUAGGUAUUGUGCGCCAGUUUCCUUUUUCCUCAGCUCUCCAGCGAAUGAGCGUGGUAGCUCGUCUGCUCGGGGAGAAACGCAUGGAUGCCUACACGAAGGGGGCACCAGAGGUGGUGGCUAGUCUCUGCAAGAAAGAGACAGUGCCAGAAAAUUUUGCAGAGGUUUUGGAAGGCUACACCAAGCAGGGUUUCAGGGUCAUUGCUCUGGCUCACCGUCGACUUGAAUCCAAACUCACAUGGCACAAAGUCCAGAACAUCAACAGGGAUCACAUAGAGACAAACAUGGAGUUCCUGGGUCUGAUCAUCAUGCAAAACAAGCUGAAGGCAGAAACCCCAGGGGUGCUGCAGGACCUCCACCAGGCUCACAUCCGCACUGUCAUGGUUACUGGUGACAAUAUGCUGACAGCGAUUUCAGUGGCCCGAGACUGUGGAAUGAUCCCUCCCAAUGACACAGUCAUCAUUGCUGAUGCCCUCCCUCCCCAUGAUGGACAGGCCGCUAAGAUCACCUGGAGAUACGCUGACAAGCCCAGCAAGACACCUCGCCUGGAGGAAGUGAACAUCAGCCUGGAGGAUGUGUGCCACGUAGACGAGCCCAAAACACAAGAGCUGUACCACUUUGCUAUGAAUGGAAAAUCAUUUGCUGUUAUCUCCGAGCAUUUCCCUGACAUGCUUCAAAAGCUGGUUCUGCAUGGGACAGUGUUUGCCAGAAUGGCCCCAGACCAGAAAACCCAGCUUAUUGAGGCGUUACAGGGCGUGGACUACUUUGUGGGGAUGUGCGGAGAUGGAGCAAAUGAUUGUGGGGCUCUGAAGAGGGCCCAUGGUGGCAUCUCUCUCUCAGAGCUUGAAGCCUCUGUAGCCUCCCCCUUCACCUCCAGGACCCCCAACAUCUCCUGUGUUCCCAGCCUCAUCAGGGAGGGCCGUGCUGCCCUCAUCACCUCCUUCUGUGUGUUCAAGUUCAUGGCCCUCUACAGCAUCAUCCAGUAUAUCAGUGUCACUCUUCUCUACUCUAUCCUCAGUAACCUUGGAGACUUCCAGUUCCUCUUCAUCGAUAUUGCCAUCAUCCUCCUUAUUGUCUUUACCAUGAGUCUGAACCCAGCGUGGAAAGAGCUUGUGUCACGUCGGCCACCGUCAGGUCUGAUCUCAGGGCCUUUGUUGUUCUCUGUGCUGACCCAGAUCCUCAUCUGCUUGGGCUUCCAGACCAUUACAUUCCUUUGGGUCCAGCAGCAGCCCUGGUACACAACCUGGACACCACUUACAGAUGUCUGCAACCUGUCAUCGCACAUUAACGUGUCCGACCACAACGACACAGAAGUGGAUGACCACAACAUCCAAAACUACGAGAACACCAGCCUCUUCUAUGUCUCCUCCUUCCAGUAUCUCAUUGUUGCCAUCGUUUUCUCAAAGGGCAAACCUUUCAGGCAGCCUAGCUACAAGAAUUGGCCUUUUGUGGUGUCUACCUUGAGUUUGUAUUUUUUCCUCCUGUUCAUCAUGUUCCACCCCAUCGAAACCAUUGACGAGUUUCUAGAGAUUGUUUGCGUCCCGUUUGAAUGGAGGAUAAAACUCUUCCUCAUCAUCUUAGUCAAUGCUGUUGUGUCUGUUGUGGUGGAGACCUUCAUCCUUGACAUCGUCUUAUGGAAGCUUGUGUUCAGCCGAGACAAGCAGGGCAGCUUUGGCAUCACUCCUGCCGCCCCGACACCACAGGGCGGCAUUGACCUGCGGGCGUACAAGUGUCUGUCCCGGCUUUGCUGCCCACGCAAGGCACCCAAGGCCCGCUACAUGCAUCUGGCCCAGGAGCUCAGUGUGGACCCCGACUGGCCUCCAAAGCCAACCACCACUACUGAAGCCAAACCCCGCCCAGAAAACGGCUCCACCUAUCAAAUCAUGAUCAGCUCCUAGCACCCCCACAGCUUCUCCCAGUAUUCAGUUUACCCAUUCAUAUAGGAGACAUGCAUAUAACGUGUGCUUAGUGAAUACACAUUCAACCUCUUCAAAUUAAACUAUCACAGGAUAACUGCUUUUCGUCACUGUUCAGAGACUCGCAUCUAAAACUAUAGUUCCAGACACAUUACUGCAAAAACCAUAGGAUUACACAUAAGUAGCAAAUAAAGUUAGGUGUCAGUACUCUUGCUCUCUCUAGCUUGCCCACUUGCAUGCUCUCAGGUCUCCCUUGCUUCUCUUAUACGUGACUUAAACAUCCAUGGCAUCAAAUUUAAUUCCCAUCUCUUAUUGCAGUGUCUGAUCACGAAAGCAGAUCAGGUUGGGAGGAACGUUGAUAAACCAGGUCAGAUUAGCUCAUUGACUUCUUAAGAUUGGAUGAUCGGAUAUUAAACCAGGUUUAAUAUUUCCUCUCUUUGUCUUUCAAUCUGAGUUUUAGGAAGAGGGCUAAACAAAGAGGUUUCACUUGAAAAUGGAGAGAUUCUUUUAUUAAGUGUAAGUGGAAAGGCUAAUGGAGUUGAAUAUGGACAGAGUAAUAGAUAAAUACCUGUAGCGGGCUGCAAGGACCAACUCUGUAUGAUCUGUUCACACAAAAGCAGUAGCAAAGACGUCCACUCUUUGCUCGUAUUUCUGAGCAACCAUCGCCUCACUUUUAGGAUGUUCACACAGUUAGUAACGUGUUUCACAGGUCUAAUCUGUUGUGGGCAGUGUAGUCUCUGACUGCCACUAUAUAAGUGGUCUUCUAAUGUACAUAUAUAUAGUCAUUUACAUGAGCUAGCAUGACCACCUGGCAAGUGCUCAAUAGAGAGCACAGAGUGAUAACCAAAAAUAUUUUUAAAACUUGACAUGGACCUGGUUGAAUACUGGUUUCAAAUUACUCAUUUGAGACCAGUAUUUAAAUACUCUUUCAAACACACUGUGAGUUGUGGAAAACUGGGAAUGAUGCAUGGCUAUAGUCUGUCUUGUUAAAUUGCACACCCUGGGCAGAAGUACAUGUUCACAUUUAACAGUAAACACAAAAAUAUACAUAUUGAAUUUGCUGAUAAUGCUGGUCGGGGAAAGUAUAUAGAAUGAAAUGGGGAAUGUCCAGAUUUCGUAAGAUUUGGAAACUGCACAAUAAGUCUGAAAAUGUUAACAUUUUUUCACAGCUGACAAAUCAUCCCCGGCAAACUUUAAUUUAAAUUCAUGAAAACAUGGAAAAUGUCUUGUUUAUAUGAUAAGUGGGCAAGGCAGGCUUAGAGAAAGUGGGCUUUUAAGAUUGCAGUACAUUACACAUCACAGAUAGAUGACUUAACAGUACAAAAUGAUGAACCUCCAAAUAACCUGACACCAAACUGUUCAUAGACAUUCAGAACAUUAUGACUUAUGGAAAGUAGAAGACAGGCAGACUUGGACAAAACAGAUGUUCUCAACCACAGGCUGGGACCUGUGGCAGGCUCUCCAUCAUGUUUGACAGAGAAUAACCUUUUGGGUUUUUAACAAAGAUAUUAUGUAGAAAAAUUAAAAAGUGAAAAAAAAAAAGAAAGACCAUAACAAGAAGAAAAAGACUAACUUUGUUUCAGCUUUUUACCCAUGCUAGCACAGUGAAUCCAUUGGGCUGUUGGUCCAGACUGAAAUAUAUCCACUACUAUUGGGAUUCAUUUCCAUGAACUAUAGUGCACACAUUUUUUUUUUUUUUUUAAUGUCAUCAAGAAGUCAAAAGCACUUCGCUUCAUAACAGGAUAGAUAAUGACUGAAUUCUCAUCGGUCUUUACAUUUGCUUUACAUACUAAAUGUUUUUCAUUGAUCAUAAGAAGUUGUUUUCUGGUGUGUGAUGAGCUUUGUCUUGUUCUGAAGACUUGAAAGACUAGAUGGUUGCAAAGCUAGAAAUAUUGCUACAAAUAUACUGCGUUACUGUAGAAUUCAGAAACAUUUAUGUUAACAUGACUGUAUUUAAGAAAAAAAGAAAAAAAAAAUCCGCCAAAGAAGCAGCAUGAAUCUGACUGUGAUCGUGGACAGUUAAUUACAUGCAUGAGACCAUGUGAAUCAAAGCAUUCUACAUCUGCAAACUCGCGUCAGAUCGGCUACAAAAAGCCAGUAGUUUCUUUUUUUUUUAAUUAUUUAAACAAAAAUUCUUCCUAUGGAAGACUGAUUAAACGUGUUAUAGUAAAUUAAGGCAUUGUGCAACCCAUCUUCUCGCUGCUCUUGACCUAAUCAAAAGAUCCACACAACAGCACAUCUUUCAUAAGAUGGAUGCAGAUUACCGUGUACACUUGUAUUCAUGUAUUACACAUAGGCUACCUGCAUAGAGAGUUAAGGGCUAUAUUUUAUGUUCACAGCUGUUUCUUUGACAUUUGAAGUGAUGCUCCCCGAAAUCUGCUGUAGACAUUGAAAGUGGCUGUAAAGUUUGUAGUUUCCUUCUUAAUAUAACCUUACCGUGGAAAGUUGGUAAUGACAAGCAGUUUACACUUGGUGAGUGGAUUGAGGAUGUUUUUGUUUUUUUUUUUCGUAUUUUGAUACUUUUUUCAGCCAUGAAAAUUGGCUCCAUUUGGCAAUCAUUAUAACUGAUUUGAUGAUCACAUCCACUGUAAGGAGAAAACUGCAAACAGAGAUAGUGUUUGUCAAAAUACAGAUUUUAAGGUAGAGAAUCACUUUGAAGCAAAGACACCAUCACAUGCAGCUGGUUCCCAAUGUCAGUAUAACUAAUAGCAGCCUGUCUUUCAUGAAUUAUAUGGUUUCAUAUUAGUGAUGCCACAGUGUCUGUUCCAAAGUAUUUUCAGACUGCUCGUCAGAUGUUAUGAGACACCAUGUCUGAAUAAUGACAAAGUAAAUGUAAUGUUACUCCUUAUCCAUGAAAACAUGAAGCAAAUUAUUUCUCAGAAAUCAGGUAAAAGCGCUGUAUUAUCUGAUAUUUGUAUGACACACAACAUUGUCAUUAAUAAUUCAUCAUUAAUAAUCAACAGACAGGCUAUCUGUUGAUUAUUAAUGAUUUAUCAAUAUAAAAACACAAUCACAACAGGUUUUCUUAAUACCAGUAAUAACAAGAGUCUAAAAUUGCUCAGUUGCUAAAAGCCAUUGUCUAUUGAGAUGCUUGUAAUAAUAUUCCAGAUACAUAUGAAUCUUGUGAUCCAUAGUAUUUUUAUGACAAGCUUAUGACAUGUGACUAUAGUUUUCAUGUAUACAUAGUUUAUUUGAUGAGGAAACUUGUAGUAUUUUGUUAAAGUAUUCUGUGGGCAAAUUGUUAGUGUGAGAAGAAGGAUUUACAGUAGAUGAAACUGGUAAGCAAUGCAUAACAUGGCUCAAAUGGAAAUUGUUGUGCCAACUUGCAGAAGAUUUCUGAUAUUUUGUCAAAACUGUUGGAUUUAAACAAUGUUGCUGAUGCCCAAACACUGGCCACAUGGAUUUCUAUGCUUCUGAAUAUUUAGUGGUAUUUUCUUUUUUCUUUGCUUUCAGGGUAUACUUUUUUCCUCUACAUACCUACUGAGGCUAAAAUUGAAUGUUGUGUAAAGAACAAAGUGUAAUGCAAUGCAAUACUCUGGUUAUUGAUUCUAUUUCCAAAGACUUUUCAUCACAUCUGCAUUGGUUAUUUGAAAAAAGGAAAAAAAAGAAAAAAAAAAAAAGAAAGUUUUGCUUUAGCCUGUUACCAGUUCUGUCAAAUCUGAUGUUACUCAGCAGAA